AGUGCGUAGAGAAACGUCAAGAUAAGGCAGCAUGGCUGCAUGUUUGACCCAGUGACAGCAGACACUGGAGACGGCUGACUUUAGAGACAUGAGCAGGAAGUUACUGGCUCAGAGUUGGACUUUAUUGAGGUGCACGCAGUGGGAAAUCGUCCCUGUGAUGCUGUGAGGGACUUUGGAACGGUCUCUGCUGACGACAGAGGACAGGAAUGUCAGCCUUAUCUCGGUCCUGUUGGACCGGGGGGCGGUGCGUGAGGACCAUGAAGCAGGACCUGUGGUGGUACAGGUCUGGACAGCAGGACCAUCGGGGGUACAGCUCAGGACAGCAGGACCCUCGGGGUCAGAGGUCGGGACAGCAGCAGGCCGGGUCUCGGAGGAGGGUUGUGAUCACAGGGAUCGGCCUGGUGUGUCCUCUGGGGACGGGGACCGCUCUGCCCUGGGAGCGCCUGGUCCAGGGCCAGAGCGGGAUUGUGGCUCUGGACUCGGAGGAGUACCGGGGCGUCCCCUGCAGGGUGGCGGCUCUGGUGCCCCGGGGCCCCGAGGAGGGGCAGUUCGAGGAGGGCCGCUUCGCCUCCAGGGGGGAGAUCAACAGCAUGUCGGCCGCCACCGUGAUGGCGCUGGCGGCGGCCGAGCUGGCCCUGCGGGACUCGGGAUGGACGCCCCGGAGCCGGGAGGAGCAGCUGGGCACCGGGGUGGCGGUGGGCAUGGGCAUGGUGCCGCUGGACGAGAUUGCGCGCACGUCCGGCGCCUUCAGGGAGGGCGGCUACAGGAAGGUCAGCCCCUUCUUCGUGCCCCGCAUCCUGGUCAACAUGGCCGCCGGGCACAUCAGCAUCAAGCACGGCCUCAGGGGCCCCAACCACGCCGUGUCCACCGCCUGCACCACGGGCGCGCACGCCAUCGGGGACGCGGCCAGGUUCAUCGCGCACGGGGACGCGGUCGCCAUGGUGACGGGGGGGACGGAGUCCUGCGUGGGGCCGCUGUCCAUCGCCGGCUUCGCCAGGGCGCGCGCGCUGGCCACGCGGUGGAACGACCGCCCGGCGCUGGCGUCCAGGCCCUUCCACCCCGACAGGGAGGGCUUCGUGAUGGGGGAGGGCGCCGCCGUGCUGCUGCUGGAGGAGCGGGAGCACGCGCUGCGCCGGGGGGCGCGGCCCUACGCCGAGGUGCUGGGCUACGGCCUCUCCGGGGACGCCAGCCACAUCACGGCGCCCGCCGAGGACGGCGACGGGGCGUUCAGGUGCAUGUCUGCGGCCCUCAGAGACGCUGGCGUCUCCCCGGCGGACGUCUCGUACGUCAACGCUCACGCCACCUCCACGCCCCUGGGCGACGCGGCGGAGAACGCCGCCAUCAAGAGGCUGUUCGGGCAGAGCGCCGACGGCCUGGCCGUCUCCUCCACCAAGGGAGCCACGGGGCAUCUGCUGGGCGCCGCCGGCGCCCUGGAGGCAGCCUUCACCGCCCUGGCCUGCCACCACGGCAUCCUGCCCCCGACCCUCAACCUGGACCGCACGGAGCCGGACUUCAACCUCAACUACGUCCCGUGCGCCGCCCAGCCGUGGAGGACGGAGGGCCGGCGGGUCGCCCUCACCAACUCCUUCGGCUUCGGGGGCACCAACGCUUCGCUGUGUCUCGGCAGCGUGUGAAAACCCUCAGACCUCUGGAACCGCCUCUGUGCAGGUCUAGAAAAUCCUGUAAAUAAAUCUUCUGGUGUUAAAAUGAAUGAAGUGUCGACUGGAUGCCUGUGUUUGUUUUCAGCAGUAGCAUCAGUCAGUACUAGUAAAUAAUUGUGCAAUGCUGACAUAAAGGCAGUGUAGGAAAGUUGGUUUUAAUGAGACUUUUUUGGGGGGGAAGAAUUUCGAAAAUGCAUGUCUUUGGGAGUACCUGGAGAAAACCCAAGGAAGAACAUCAUGACCUUAUUCAAAUAAUGGCCUAAGUCAUAUUUUCAAGUUUUUGGGAAAACACAAAAAACUUAACCAAAUGCAGAUAAUAUGAUACU